CAGAAGCGCUCUGACUCCAGUCACUUCAGAGUCCUACACAGUCAAGGAGCUGUGCAGACUGCUGCAAGACAGGCUCUGGAUAGCACAACACGGACAACUUUCUCCCUUGUGAUUUUCUGAGAGGAUCUGUUCGUUUGGAUUAUAUAUUCUUUCAGGACUAUUAAUAACCAUUAUAAAAACAUAAUCGUGCGUCUUAAUACUGUCUAAUUCUGACAUUGUCCUAAAGAAGGGAAGCUGCGUUUCUUGUUUGAUAUUUAAAUAAACUGGGCUGAAGUUUGAAGCCUGUUUGCCAGAGGGUGAAGGACAAGUGCAAUGCGUGUCAGACUUGUCUCUUGGGAUUGUCCCACUUGCGCCUGAGGAGCUAUGUCGAGCUGCCGCACAGAGCUUGUUCAAGAGGACGCAGUCCAAUGUGAAUAACAAGAGUCAACUUCCAGCCUCCUCAGCUUUUCACACUCACAAGCAAGUGCAGCACGGACGUCUUGACUGAGCCCCGCUGAGCAGCUCUGACACCUCGGUUUCUCCCUCCCUGGAGAGGGGAUGGUUGUGGAUCCUCUGGGGCCAGGAGCGACUCUGCGGCUCCUACAGAAUAGCACGUUUUUCUUGUUGGGGGUUCAUUCUAAAUUAAAGGGAGAUGAGAGCCACACUUUGUUACUUCCUGCUGUGGACGGCGUACCUGCUGCUGGUCACCGCUGAGGAAGUGGAGUUUCCCCAGGAGCUGAUAGACAGACUGUCCCACAGUGAAAUCCACAGCAUCAGCGACCUCCAGCGGCUACUGGAGAUUGACUCCGUAGGUACGGGAAACGAUGUUAUCGAAGAGCCCAAGCACCACAAACACCACAACCUCCAUAAGAACUACUCCCGUCAUCAUGGUCACUACAAUGACCUGAAGAGCUCCCAGCUCCACAGCCGACGCAAGAGGAGUAUUGUAGAGGAGGCGGUCCCGGCGGUGUGUAAGACGCGGACGGUGAUCUACGAGAUCCCCAGGAGCCAAGUGGAUCCCACGUCUGCCAACUUCCUGAUAUGGCCACCCUGUGUGGAGGUGAAGCGCUGCACGGGCUGCUGCAACACCAGCAACAUGCGCUGUCACCCUUCCCGCAAGCACCACCGCACCGUUAAGGUGGCCAAGGUGGAGUACGUGAGGAGGAGACCCAAGCUGAAAGAGGUCUUUGUGCGGUUAGAAGACCACCUGGAGUGUGUGUGCACGUCACAACAUCAUGUGGUGGAGCACUCAGAACCAGAAACAGUGGACGUGAGGUGAGACCAAUCAGAACAAAGGACUUCAGCGUGGGAAGGACCUAAGUAGAGGAUGUCACCAACAGGAGACCUGCUCUGUCCUCUUCCCCACCACUGUGCAAACUUUGUUUAAAGAAAAAAAAAACAUUUCUGUAAAGAUGAGCGACUGAAAAAUAGACAGCAAAAAUAAAUAAGAUGCCAAAGGUGCUUUUUUUUUUAACAAAAAACAAUAACCAGCGAUGAUGACUUCCUCUGAGGUACACCACCUACCCAGACAACUGAACCCUGCUGCUGAUUAAGAAAAAAAGAGAGAUAUGCCGUGGAGCAUGGGCAGGGCAGAAAGAGGCCGAAGGGAGAUGAUGAAAGGGAUUUGUGUUGAACAUUUUGACAGACUUUGUUUGAACAAGACGCACAACAGAAACGGCUAUGAAACAGUUGGAUCAAACUUUCACCGGAAUCUGGCGCUCAGACGCCAAAACAGCAGUGGAUGACCUCCAGCUGGGCAACAUAAAAGUGCCCUGCCCUGUUUAAAUGACUCUUGCAUACACAGGAAAAGAAGAGGAAAGAGAGAUAUAGGAAAACAUUGGAAAAGUGUUGGCGUUAUGGAGGUGUUUUGUUUGUUUUUUUUAAGAAAAAAGACUGUGGAGCAUCAAAUGUUUGAGUUUUUGGAUGUUUGCUCUGAGUAAAAGAGGAAAUCCUCUCUGAGACCCCUGGCGGUCUGUGACUCUGCCCACCUGCUAUGUACAGUUAAAUCCAAAAAGGAUGCACCGCUUCUUACAAACUAUUUAUACAUGUGGACAUUUGCUUUCUGUCUCUUCCAGUACAAAAGAAAGAAAGAACGGAAAAGAUGUUUUUAGGAUUUUGGAGACAUGCAAGAGUCCUGUGUGGUCUGGUUCUUUGCAACCAUCAGUAUCACAAUCUCAAUGUCUUUUUUUUUUUUUUUUUUUUUUUUUUAGUCGUCGUUAUUCUUGUCAUCCAUGUUUCUUAUUAUAUUACAGUAUAUCCGAAUGAUGUCAAGUCUUGUAUAUGGUUUGGAUAUAUGUUUGCAAGGAGGAGAUGUGAGAGUCAGUACAGGAAGAUGUUUUAUUUUUGUUAUGAAAUAUAUUAUGCUUACUUAUAUCCAAGCAGGAAUUAUGUUUAAUUCUUUUGUUGUGGUUGAAUGCCUGUAUUUAAUCCAUUGGAAAAUGUGGCCCGAGGAGUGGAGCAGAUGAUGGGGAAAAAGGCUGUCAGCGCUUGUUAGUGUGUGUGCAUCAGUGCGUCAGAGCUGUGAAAAGGUGGGACAGAUUGACUUGCGGUGGCAACUUCAUAGUGAGUGGCAGGACUGUAGCUUAUUCUACAGCAUUCAUAAGCACUGCUGAAUCCUUUAUGUAACAAGUGACAUUUCACAAAAACACGUUUAUAGCACAUUAGAGUGUGUAUAUACGCCAAUCACAUAAGCACACAAAAAUGUUAGAGCAACUCUAGCGUACAUGUACGAGGUAGGAUAGACUGUGUGUGUGCUCCCACACACGAUCUGUCUGCUACAUGAGGCUAUUUUUCAUCCAUAUCACUCUAAUGUUGAUAAGGAAGAUGCCUGCCCAAUCUGCUUCACAAACAAACAUGCAAAGAGCAAAGUCCACCUUAAGGAGUGAAUGAGCGAGCAAGGCAAAUCGACAAGUGCAUGAAUGGGCUCCUUGUUUUCGCCAGUCUUUACUCCUCUGUUGACAGGAGAACAAAUCUCUGAUUGCUUCUUUUGAAGGGGCUCACACCUUAUGCAGCCGCAUACCAUCAGGACAGAUGACGAUUGGGGUAGGGGGUGGAAGGGGCUCUGAGGUGGCCUGAAAACAGUACAGUGCUGGCCUAAACCCACGCCCCCCGAUGGAAUAAACAAUUACUUCCUUACCAGUUCCUGUAACAGCGAUGAAUGUGUAACCAAGCCAACGUGGUGCAAAAACAACACGGGUCUUCCACCCCGUGUUCAAAAGAGGAAGUUUUACUGGGAUUUUUUUUUUUUCGUUUAACAGUCAAUGGCGAAAGAGUGAGUCACUGCGAGGUGAGUCAAGUGAAAGCUGAAAGAGAAAAGUUUGACUGAAACAUGGCUGUAUCAGCUACUGCUGAGCUGCGAACAUCAGAUCUUAAACACACACGCAGCCCACCUGUGAAUUAACUCCAUUGGUUGACUGGUGCUAUAUUUAUAAGGCUGAUGUUUCAUCACUGUUCACAUUCACAUCAAUGUAAGAUAGUGUUCUCAGUAAACCAGGGACCACGCUUAGAGCUAUUUGAUUACAGAAAAUGCCAUUAUGCUAUCACUAAGCCUUUACUACUUUUCUUUUGGGCUUCCAUUGGAUAAAUACAGCAAUAAUCAUAAUUUAUAUAUUUAUGUUUUCAACAAUAAAUAUAUUUCUGCUUAUGAAAUUGUUCA